CGAAAUUUUUUAGUUCAUUCGGAAAUCUCGUCGCGGAUAGUCGCAGUGCUAUCACUUCACUCGAUACCGAAAGCAGUGCAGUUGGAAAGUUUAGUGAACUACGUGCCUCCUUCGUGAAAUUCUGCAUCGUAUUCUACUAGCGGGAAGAAUCUUGGCCGACUGGUAAAAAUGACAACACAUCAUCAACAGCUGUGUUACGCGCUUCUGUUGUUUAUCGCAGUUCCCCUGAUAGACGCCACCAUCCCGACGAUAGAUAAUAUUGUGAAAGUUCUUCAAUCGCCAUCGUUCCAACAGAUAGUCCUACCACAACCAUUGAUUGCUGCCGAUCCCACAGUGAUGAUGUCAGAUUCUAACAAGCCUGCUUCGGCAAGCAGUGACACCGCAGCAGACAAGAACAAACCCCAAGCGGAUGCUUCUCUGGAAGCAAAGGAUGAAAAUCCCACGCUGAAGUUGGUAACCCGUGUGCUGGACACAUUCCGAGCACCCCUCCCGUCCCAACAAGUUCUACUGAUCCCGCAGCGGCAUCGUGCCCUUCCGGGAUGUCCGCUGUGUGACGCUUCGGUGUACAGCUAUUGCGACUACAAGGUUUACCAUGAUGGGUGCUGUUGCGGAACAAUGAACGGUGGUUACGGACAUGGAUUUAGCGGCGUUUCCAAUGGAAUCGGCUACGGUGGAUGUGGAUACCAGGAGGAUUGCAGUUUUCUGUACGCAAAUUCGUGCUACGAGCAUCAACUAAUAGUGAAUUGCUGUUGCAAUUCUCCUUAUUAGCGGAAAGCUAGGAACAUAUCAAUGAAAACACAUAUUUGUAGAACUCGUCAAGUCUUUAGGCUUCGGCGGUGUAUUUAUUUUUCGUCAAUAAUUCCUCAACUCUAUCGAUGCAUACUAAAUGUACUUAUUAUCGAAUAUAGGUUUUAAGUUAGACGAAUCCUUUCGGUUAACUACGUUCACUCACAAUCAUUGCUCUCUAGUUAAAUUAUGUCUAGCACGUGGUUUCAUUCAUUCUCAAAAUUAUGUUCUUCAAUAAAUGACUGACAGAAGAGACAUAACAACCAUUCCUGCACUCUCGGGAAAACUUGUCAAUUUCUAUCAUUACCGAUUCGAUCAGAUUAGUUUUUGUUUCUGAGAGGAUAUAUAUAGUAAGAUCUAAAUUGUGUAGAAAUAUUGAUAACUCUUAUUAGUUCGCAAUACAAUAACCUAGAAGACAAGAGAUGGAACUCUUCUCAGAAGUAUUAUCAGAUUGAAAGUUUAUCAAAUUGAAAUAUAAGCUUGUAGAGAGAUUUAUCAUCUAUCAUAUCGAAUUACUAGUUAGUUGGUGCUAAUUUUAUUUUUGGAUGACAAACUAUCUCAUUCUGUCGAAAACCUGCUUCCGAAAAAGUUAGUAUUGAACUCCAUGCGACUUACGUUACAGAUUGCGUAUUCCUUUCGAUACACAAUUUAGCUGCUAUAGUAUAUUGUUUAUUUAACUGUUUAUCACAUUAUUUUCUUCGUUUCACUAAAAACCGGGUAAGUAGAUCCUAAAUCGACU